AUCAAAUUCAAAGCACGCCUUCCCCCCUAACAAAAUACUUCCCAAUCCUUGCCUAAAUUCAAUCUAUAUUAUUAUUCUUAGAAUUCUCAGCUGAAAACCGAACCCCGCCCCCCUUCAAUCUGUCAAUACAGAAAGAAAAGAAAAGAAAAGAAAAAAAAAGAGCAAAUGGAAGGAAACAACUCGUACGGCAAUGGAUCAUCCUGGGCAGACCAAUGGGACUACAGCGAUCCAGCGGCUUCCAACGGUGCUGCAAACAAGAAGAAAAGCAGCAGCAGUGGGGCAACCGCCAAGUACAAGCAGAAGGUCGGGGAUGGGCUUGAGAAGACCAAAGCUGUGGCUUCAACUGGGAUGAAGAAGGUCAAACAAGGAACCUCUUCGGGGCUUCAAUGGAUCAAAGACAAGUAUCAUAAAACUACCCAAAAGCACUAGGAUUAUUAGACUUUGUUUAUGUUGCUUUUGGCUUUUCCUUAACUGCUUCUUAUUUUAUUCAUUCAUAUAUCCAUAAUGAUUUAUUCCUUUGUUUUGAUGUAAAAUUGCAAAUCAAAUCAUAAUCAUUGAUCUGUACUGCUUUGAUGUAAAACUACGGUGUAAUAAAUGGAUGUGAAGGGCAGAGGCAAUGGUCUUUGAAUGUGAGAUGUGUAUGUAUAUGAAAUCAUAAAAAGCUGCAUGUUGGGCAGCCAGAGAGUUCAGAGUACGCGUAUGGUAUGGCUGAUGACGGUUAAGGACAACCCAAUUCUCUCUUAUUAUUUACAUGUUUAAUUCACUACUUCAAUUAUACGACUUUUUUA